UGUGUCUCUGUGUGUGAGAGAGAGAGCGAGCGAGUAUGUUCUCAUUAGGGGACGAUCUAUGAUUUGACAGCCUCACUGCUGCUGCUCCUGCUGCUGCUUCUGCUUCUGCUGCGGCUGUAUGGUCUGUCAUUAGUUGAAAAGGGCUGUGAGGGUUUGGAGAAACUGCAGUUUUAAAAACUGAGCACUGCUAAGUGAUCUCCCUGUCAAAUAGAGUAGACGAGCUUUUUUGCGAGAUUAGAAACUUGGACCUAUUACUACUUCAUCUACCCAGCAAAGCAGGCAGCGCUACACAGGAUAAGGGGGAUGGAACUGCUGCAAUGAAGGUGGGCACUGGAAAGAAGAUGUUUUGAGAAGUCAGUGUUUCUGAGAAACUUUAACCCAGGAAAGAUGGAAAACAAGACAGUCAUUGAACUGAACCAAACACAGCUUCAGCCACGAGCAGUGGUGGCCUUAGAAUACCAGGUGGUCACCAUCUUACUGGUGCUCAUUAUUUGUGGCCUGGGGAUUGUGGGCAACAUCAUGGUAGUCCUCGUUGUCAUGAGAACCAAGCACAUGAGAACCCCCACAAACUGCUACCUGGUGAGCCUGGCAGUAGCCGAUCUCAUGGUCUUGGUGGCUGCAGGCCUCCCCAAUAUAACAGACAGUAUCUAUGGUUCCUGGGUCUAUGGCUAUGUUGGAUGCCUCUGCAUAACUUACCUCCAGUAUUUGGGAAUUAAUGCAUCCUCUUGUUCAAUAACAGCCUUUACCAUUGAGAGGUACAUAGCAAUCUGUCACCCCAUCAAAGCCCAGUUUCUCUGCACGUUUUCCAGAGCCAAAAAGAUUAUCAUCUUUGUCUGGGCGUUCACAUCUAUUUACUGUAUGCUCUGGUUCUUCUUGCUGGAUCUCAAUAUUAGCACCUACAAAGAUACUAUUGUGAUAUCUUGUGGUUACAAGAUCUCCAGGAAUUACUACUCACCUAUUUACCUAAUGGACUUUGGUGUCUUUUAUGUUGUGCCAAUGAUCCUGGCUACCGUCCUCUAUGGAUUCAUAGCUAGAAUCCUUUUCUUAAAUCCCAUUCCUUCGGAUCCUAAAGAAAACUCUAAGACAUGGAAAAAUGACUCAACCCAUCAGAACACAAAUUUGAAUUUAAAUACCUCUAACAGAUGUUUCAACAGCACAGUAUCUUCAAGGAAGCAGGUUACCAAGAUGCUGGCAGUGGUUGUAAUUCUGUUUGCCCUUCUAUGGAUGCCCUACAGGACUCUUGUGGUUGUCAACUCAUUUCUCUCCACUCCUUUCCAAGAAAAUUGGUUCUUGCUCUUUUGCAGAAUUUGCAUUUAUCUCAACAGUGCCAUCAACCCAGUGAUUUACAAUCUCAUGUCCCAGAAAUUCCGUGCAGCCUUCAGAAAGCUCUGCAACUGCAAGCAGAAACCAACAGAGAAACCUGCUAACUACACUGUGGCCCUAAAUUACACUGUCAUCAAGGAGUCGGACCAUUUCAGCACAGAGCUUGAUGACAUCACUGUCACUGACACUUACCUGUCUGCCACAAAGGUAUCUUUUGAUGACACCUGCUUGGCUUCUGAGGUAUCCUUUAGCCAAAGUUGAUUCAUGAAUUAAAGGAAAACGGACCAUAAAGAAAAUGAGAAUCUGUGCAGUAAUCAACAAAAGGGAGAAUAUGGCCAAUAGUUGUAUGUGAAGACAGAGCAGAUCAGUCUUUGUCAAUCCUCUAACAAGUCCUGGCCCUAGACACUUUAAGGAGGAUGAUUCAGACUUUCCUUCUUUCAAACUAGUAUCACAAAAAAUGAAGCCGAUCUGUGAAAUAGCUAAAUGAUUAAAAACUGAAAGUUUAGCCCUUUUCGUUUAACUUAAGAAAUUUACUAUAUUUUCUGGGCUUACAGAGUUUCAAUAAAAUCUAGACAGCAACUUACAUUAUUCAUAAUAACCUUAUCAAAUGUCACUUUUCAACCCCCUAAGUUAUUUAUACAUUCAAUAAUUUGACACCAUGCAGAUUUUUAAAUGUUUGCAUUUAGUAUUUCCUUUUAACAUAGCACAGUGCUAGCUCAUGAAUAUCUGAAAUUAAAGGGAAAAAUACCAUAGAAAACAUUUUAUUUAUUGAGUAAAAAUAAGAUUUUAGACAUACAUGUUCACUGUAUUUUAAAAAUUGUCAUAAUGUUUAUAAAAUUCCGAGAUGAUUUUUAUCUUAGAAGGCAGAUAACCGUCACUCAACUUUAAUGUUAAAUAAACCUCAAAGUAUCCAAAAUUAUUAAUUAGGAGAAACGUAGAUUUUAAGAUAAAUCCAACUCUUAACAACUCCUCCAGCCUCCUAUAUGAUAGAUGGAACAAGGUAAAAACCCGGAUUAAGUAACUGGGAAGAUACAAACUAACAUAUGAUUAAUUUUGAAAAGUAUAGCCAAGACAAAAGCAAGUAUUUAUAAUAAAGUUUUGCUUCUUCUUUGAAGCUUUUAAGCAAGAAAAUAUUUUUGAACAUUCUUGUUUAUAAACUACUGAGCCAUCCUUCAAGCAAAAUCUAGCUUAAAAGUCUGAAACAUUUGUAAAAGCUUCCCUGUUACUCUAGAUCAGCCAAAAUCCUGGUAUCCCCAUUCCAGAUGAAGAAUUCCCACUGAGAAUUGUAGUCUAGGGAUUUUUACCUUGGUUGUAAUUGUCUUUUCUUCCUAACUGCUUGUCGUUUGUAGGUUCUUUUUCUGUUUUUUCUCAAACAUUACUGAUAUUUUGUUUACAGAUUCUCAAUUAAAGCAAUGCAAAAUUCUGUUGGCUUUAUUUUCAGUAGAGUUAAAACUGAUUUCAUCAUAUUAUCAGUUUCUCACUUUUAUAUUUAUGACCGAGAUCUGCUAAUGCAGUGAUUAUUAGAAAUUUGUGAAUGGAUCUGUCCAGGACAUUUGUCAUUUCCUACCUGAAUCUCUUACCUACUGAGAUUUGGCCAACCAGAAUCUUCAAGGGUGUAAAUUGCCUUUGGUAAUGGUUCGGUAGUCACUGGUUUUUAAUGACUAGAUGAUCAAAAAGUACCCAUACCUUUACAUGCCCCAUAGCCUGGCAUUUUCCCUCUCCAGUCUAUAUCCCUAUUUUAUGGACUUUUUAGAACCUAGUUGCUAAUGAUAAUUAGGCCUACCCACCUUCUUAAUGAAGAAUAUGCCAUUCUACUUUCAAAACUUGUUUUUAAAUGCUGUUUCAUGGAGACUCUACUAUCCAGAACCUCAUUCUAGAAUAUGCUUUUCUGAAAAUUGUCUUCAUCUACUCCACCAAGACAUUUCUAUCCUGUUGCUAUAGUAGUAAACAAAUGCAAGCCAAUAUUUGCAGGAAAUACCCUAAAAUUCUACCUACAUGACAGUAAGCAAUCUAUGUCAACUGACUUUUUAUUCUGGUAUAAAUAUUAAUCUUGGCAUUGUAUAAAUAGAGCACCAGAGUGACCCAACCCCAAAUCACACAAGCAUAUGCGUGUUUAUAAACACAUACCCACAUGUUCAUAAACUAGGGAAAAAGGGAUUGGAAUAUAUGAGGUAUUUUUCAUUGCAGAAAGAAACUAAUAUGAUUGAGCAUCUACUAUGUCUCAGGUAUGCUAGUAGAGUCAAUCAACAUUAUCUUCAUCACAAUCUCACUACAGCUGUGAUUUCUCUGAUUAUAAGACCAGUUUUCCUGUAACCUAAUUCCUAAUUGAUAAAAAUUUAUGGAUUUUGCAGAAUAAUUAUAUCAAAUGUUAAAAAAUACAAUUAAUUUAACACGAUAUACAUAGAAUACAAAGAUGCUCUUCACAUAUUUGGAUAUUUAAUGUAUGGACUGACUUCUUCUACUUUAAUUUUUAAAAAGUUAUUUGCCAAUAAUCUAUUAGUUUUAGAACACAUGGGAAAUUCAUAAGAACUGAGUUCAUAGCGUUUUAACUCUAAAGCAAAUGCCAUUAUACAAUUAAAUGUUCCUAUGUAAUAUCCAAUAGAUAUUUGAAUUUACCCAGAAGAGACAUAACUUUUUAAAAUAUUCUUUAUCACACUAUACUCAGUUAGGAAAUAUUUCCAUAAUCAAAACUUAAUAUACCACCAAAUGAGAAACAAAGAGCUAGAUUAAAAUUUGCUGGUGAAAUGAAGUAAUGUUAUUAAGAGCCUUCCUUAAUAAAGAUUCCCUGUUUUAUUUUAUUACUUCCAAUUUCAUUAAUUGCUGAUUGUUAUUGGUUAGAUUUUACACUUGAGGUAAUUGGGUAAAGGGCACUGAUCAUGAAUAAAACGAACAAUCAUAAAUUCCCUCUCAGGACUUAAGGGCUGUGAGUCUAUUUCUAGACCUUAACAGACAAGGCAGAUAUUCUAAAUGCUGAAGAAAAAUAAGACAAGUCCAGACUCUAUAGUCAUUCUUAAACAAAUUCAAUGUACAGAACAAUAAACCUUGAUAAUACACAGAAAUGAAUGGCUGAUUUGGCUAAACAACUUGCAAUGUCAAAGGAAAAGCCACAGCCAUAAAACUUAGUGUAGUGCAACUAAGUCUUAAUGGAUAUCUGAAAUGUUUUAUUUUCAGAAGACUAUGUUGGAAUAAUAAGAACAAUAUGUCUUAGUAAAAGCUGGGUCAACAUAGUUUUGGCUGGCUUUUAAAGAAUAGAAGAGUUUAUAUCCUUUUAAACUAUGUUAAAUCUCUAAACAUGAUAAAAAGAGAAAACUUUCUGAAGGAAAAGAUUUUAUGUGGUUAACCCAUCAAUCUUUGAAUUCUAUAAGUAUUAUAUUUAAUAUUUUUACUUCUCAAUUGCAAUUAAAACAGGGGUUGGAAUAUUUGUGUAUGAAAUCGGGAAACUCAAUGUGAAUUAUUGUACACUAGUCAGUUCCAGAGUCAAGAAAAAAUGUUUUCAAAUGUUUUAAGUCACUCAGCAAACAUGAAUAUCCCCAGCAAUUUCUUUCCUAUGCAUCCACAGUUGUCUACAAUAAACAGCCAUCAAAACCAAGAUCUGAUUGAAUGAACAUAAGCUUUCAGAAUAAUACAUAUGAAGAAAUCUUACAGAGCUCAGUGGUCAUAAGUAUUUUUCUCUCUCUUCUCUCUUCCCCAUCAAACUCUCAACACUCCACAAUCAUCAUUUUCCUCGUAGCAGAAAGAUUCAUCUAAGUUCAUUCAAGACUAAACCUGGACAUGAAAUAUCUUAAGUACAGGUGUUCUUUCAAACGUAUUUAUGUAUAAAAAUAUGU